AUGCGACUCCGUGAUAGUGUCCGCCCUCCUGAGCGCUAUGAAUCAGAGCACUUCUACACGUCGCUAGGCCAAAAGUCACUUCGCCAGAACAGGAAUACAAACCGCCCUCCUUACAUCGAUUUCAACCCCAACCUGCCUCCUGCUGUCUUCCCCACUCUGGACCUUCAUCGCCCAGAGGUACCAGAGUCUGACAAAGGUGCACAGAGGAGAGGGGGAGAAGAGGCAGACAAUGCAACCACUCCACAGCACGGUCGCGAGCAAGCUGGGAAUCAUGGAGAGACUAAGGAUAAUAAUGUGACAAGAGUUGAUCUCGAGGAUAUCCCUAUCAGCCAGGUUGAGAACUACGUUUCGAGCAACGGAGACUUGAACCAGGUCUACAUCCAAAAUAUGGCUACGAUGGCUGCUGUAGACUCAUCAUCUGUGAGUGAUGGCUUACACGAUGAGACUGAUGGCAUCGACGUUCAUGAUGAGUCUGCGCAUGAGAUUUCUGACCCUAAAUGGAGCGAUUUGUGUCCUGGAAUACAAGUGGAAGUCUUCGACAAUCUUCUUCAGUUUUAUACCUGGAAAGACGCGUGUCAUAAGUUAAAUCUGUCUCGAGAAGAUCAGGAGGAAGUUGAAGAGCAUAUAUCUGCUCGUGACAAGCAGAUGGAACGGGAAGAAUCUCAGAUGAAGAAUAUGCGGAGGAAGCAACUGAGAGCGCUCUUGAAAAUUGACAACAGUGCAAGACAUCUCCAGGAUUCACACCAGUUUGUUUUCCGCAAAAUCUCUCGAGGGACCACUGGCCAUCUGCGAAGGGGUACUAGUCCAGAUUAUCUCAUGUGCCAUGCCAAAGAGGUCAUGAAGGCUAAGGAGUAUUUGCGCCAACAGGGGCUGGACCCGAGAUACGCUGGUGACUGGGGUAACAGUAUCAGCCCUACUCAUCCGUCUGGAAACGACCAAGACCAAGAUAUGAGCAAUCUAGGGAAGCAGGUGAACUGCGCGCAAUGCUUGGAAUUAGCUAUAGAUACGGCCGAUGAUUACAUGAGGGAUUUUGCGUUGGAUUAUAAAGCUCCGGCUUCGAUCCUGGAUAAGCAGUCAUUUAUCAACACAAUCGGGGCGGCAGCUACUGCUAGCCCAAGGGAUAUGGCACUGUGCAGAGGUAACUUGGAUGCAGCCCCAAGAUGGUUAAACCUUCUUUACCAACAUUCUAUACGGAACUACCAGCCAGCUUUUCGGGAGAAUAAACUUGUUUGCCUCAAAAUCGGUACCGAGCGUGCCGCCCAGAUUCACGACACCCAACAGAUAGCCUGUAUUCAGCCAGCAAAAUUGGUAAAACGUUUCCCUCCCAUUGAUGCUAUUUACUAUGACCCCCCUUCAUGGACUCCUGGGGUUACUCAGAGUAAUGGAGCGGGAACUAAUUCAACAAUGCCUCCAAGACCUAGACAAACUUUGAGCGGCGAACCACAGCCUCUACAGAGAACAAUGGGUGGGAACUGGUCAUAUAGCUCUUUCGAACCUCACCCAACUACCUCUUCUAUGAGAUUCCAGCAAAAACUGGAAGAGGCACGACUGGAGACACAAAGAGCGAGGAUACGAGGAACGCAGCAACCUCCAGGUAGUGGAGACUACGAGCCAUCUUUUACCCCGAGGCAAAGCCCUGAAGGCAUAAGUCGGUCACCCUCAACUGCCACUGGGAGAUGUAUGUCUCCUAAUAGCUCAGGCGAGCUUUACGGUGCAUCGAUGCCGAGUCAGAGUGAAGGGUCUUCGAGAACAGUCACUUUUAUUGAGACCUCUCUUCAUGAUUCUACAGAACGGGGGACUGCUUCAGGAACUAUGUAUUCGCCAAGCAUCGCUUCCAAUUCGUAUCACAGCGGGAAUCUUUGGACUCAACCUAGUGUCGCGCAUACGAUACAAGUUGAUGAAGAACAUGAAGGACUGAGAUAUGAAGAUGAAUACUGUCCUACUGAUGACGAAGUGGUUCUUCUACCUGGUGGAAAUCCCUAUUGA